AUGGCUAAUGUAACGGAGAUAUUAUCCCUUCAGCGACCAGGCUCUUACAAGAUCCAAAUAUUUUGGAAAGGUGACCCGGGUGUGGUAGAUAAUUUCUCAAUACGUUACCGGGACGAAGAGACCAUGCGAAAGUGGUAUAAAGACAUCGAUAACCAACGGGCCCUUCAAGUCGAAGAAAGGAACGCCCUACGCACCGGAACAUCUGAAACUGAAUUUACCUAUCUUAAAAACGCGCCCAAAAUGCAGAAUCCAUAUGCGGAGGAAUAUAAUGCGGACGAAGACUUGGCUCCAGGCGUCUCCGAACUCUCCAUGUCUCGAAACGCAUCUAGCACAAGUCUUCGAGCUCGAUCAGGGACAGGCGGGAGCGGAGGGUCUGGUCCUCCAGCUACCCGCCCACCCCGAUUUCCAAUGCCCGAACCACCUCUUGCUCUUCAUACACAAUUUUCCCCCGGAGCGCUAUCGCCUGGAGAACGACUUGGCGGUUCAUAUUUCUCACCCGUUGGAGAAAUGCCAUCGUCAACGAGGUCAAGUUCAUCGGCCACGUUUUCAUACUCCCGGCAGGGCACCCCCUCCAAUCAGUGGAACGAGGAUAAUAACCGGUAUACCGCUCCCGCAAUGCCGAGAGCAGGGUCACGAGAUGGUCCCACGUCGUCCCCUUACUACAGUAAUCCUCCUCGAGUGGCUCAGCGUCCGUCUCUUCCACCACUCUCUCAAAAUUCACAAAACCCUGCUCAGUCCAGAAUGCGUUCCGCUAGUAGCCCCGACAUUCACAACCAUAAUCUUGCCGAUUCCACUCGCCGCUAUAUGAACGGCCAUACAAUGCAAACCGUGGACAAUGUGCCGGUCCCGCCAAUUCCUGCAAAUAUUGCACUGAUGAGAGCUCCCAUUAACCGAAGCCAGAGCAGUUCUCCGGGUAGUAUGCCGCCACCACAAUCAUUACGUCCAGGGUUUUCGGAGCCUCAAUACAUGCAAAGCCGUGAAGCCCCUCGUGCUCAACCUUCGUUGUCGUCGAAUCCUUCCUUCUCCUCAACAACUUCGUUGAACCCAGAGAAUGAGAACAUCAUGCCAGCCCAAUUGAAAGCCAAAGUUAACUUCGACGAUAACUACGUUACGCUAGUUAUCGCAAGUAAUAUCCAUUAUCGCUCCCUGACCGACCGGGUUGACGCCAAACUGGCGCGGUUCACGACCCGUUCCAUUGGGGGCAAGUCUGCAAGAUUGCGCUAUCAGGAUGAAGACGGCGAUUUUGUUACCAUCGACAGCGAUGAAGCUGUUCAACUAGCGAUUAUGGAAUGGCGCGAGCAACACCAGAAUAUGCUCGCGAACGGGCAGGUUGGAGAAAUCCAGUUGUUCUGCCAGCCGAUUGAAAAUUGA